AUGCAGAUGGCCCCAGGAUCGCCACGAGAUCGUCAUCGCCUGUUGCGGCCCGCUGCAGUCUGUUUGCUGCUCGCCUUCCUGGCCCUCACGCUGUUUUUGAUCGCUCAGGAGCGUCUACAGCUGCCGCUGCCCUGCCAAAUCGCUCCGCGCCUGGCAGAAGGGGGAGCAGCGAGCGCAGAUGGGGCGGCCGCACCGCAACAUGGCGGCAAAGGCAGCGACAGUCGCCGUGCCUGCGACUCGCCCCCCACAGUCACACCGUCGCAGUGGGCCGAGAGCUGCUCCCUGCUGACUGACGUGUGCGUGGAUCAGGGCAGCGUCAUUCUGUAUGGCGAGGAGCACCGCAUGGGGCCGGGCAGCCCGGGUACGGCGCCAUACCUCAUUGAACCAGCCCUCGACUGGAAAAAGUACAUUUUCCUGCACCGCAACAGCUCGGGACGGGACUACCGCUAUUCCAUGCAGCCCAUCCAUGUGCGGCCCGCCAGCAGCACCGAGGGCACAUCCUAUCUGAACAAGCCCCUGUUCUCCGCCUGCACCGUGCCCAUCGUGUGGUAUCCCAUGUGGAAUGCCAACCUGGCGCACUUCUUCCGGGACAAUGCAGCCAAGGUGUGGAGCGUGCUGCGCGCCACGCCCUGGGCACGGCACAUCAAGUGGGUGUUGGUGACGGCAGAGGGGCAUGCGGCACCGGCCAUGAAUUACGACAUCAUGCAGCCGAUGGUGGGGCUGCGGGUGGAGACCUGGGCUGACUUCACCAACCGCCUGCCUUCGCGAGAGGUACCAGGCGGCUACAUUCCGCUCAAUCCUUUGCAGGGCGCCGGGGCAGGCGCUGGGAUGCCACCACCACCACCAGACAGCUACGAGGGCAGCCCACAGCGCUGCUUCAAGCAGAUGUUUGUGUGUAGCCAAGGCAUCAACAUCACCAGCUGGCCGCUGCACGGCCUGGGGCAGCACCUGGUGCGGCACUAUGCCAGCCAGCUGCAGUCUGCUGCUGCCGUAGCAUCAGAGGCAGUGGUCGCACCACAGCAGCAUCAGCAUCAGCCGGCUGGAAGGGACGGCUCCAAUGCGGGAGUGCUGCCCAGCAGCAGUAGCAGUGGCAGCGAGCAGGUGCUUCGCGUCAUUUUCCACAAGCGCGCCAGCGCCGACCGCCAGCUGUUGAAUGUGCGCGAGCUGGUGCAGCAGUGCAACGCAUGGCGCCACACCACAGCAGCGGGGCGGCAUGUGCGCGGGAGCUGUCGAGAGGUUGAAAUCAACGACCUGUUCACUGGCAUGGCGGCGGCGCAGCAGGCGGAUGUGUUUGUGGGAGUGCACGGCGCCAAUAUGGCCAACGCCUGGCUCAUGCGCCCCGGCAGCAGCAUGAUUGAGCUGCAGCCGUAUGGCUUUGACGCUGGUCCAGCACACCUUCAGUAUCCACUAUUCAAUAUGGAGGACAAUGAGACCUCUGUGCUCUGGUGGCUCAUCUCGGUGUGUGAUGCUGAAGCCUGGACGCCAGGAGCCGGCGAGGCUUCGGGGCUGGGGCAUAGUGAAUCCCAUCCAAAAUUCCGCAACCUAAUCGUCAGGUGGGAGGCGCUCCAGACAGUGCUGCAGACCGUGAUGGAGGUGGACGGCGACAUGCGGCAGUACCGGCGGCGGUGGGAGGAGGGGCGGUGGUGGUGGUGGAUGGGCAGCGCAGGCAGCUUGCAGCACUGGGCCGAGAGCUGCUCCCUGCUGACUGACGUGUGCGUGGAUCAGGGCAGCGUCAUUCUGUAUGGCGAGGAGCACCGCAUGGGGCCGGGCAGCCCGGGUACGGCGCCAUACCUCAUCAGCCCGCCACAGAAACGAACGAAGUACAUUUUCCUGCACCGCAACAGUUCGGGACGGGACUACCGCUAUUCCCUGCCACCUAUCCGUGUGCGCCCUGCCAGCAGCACCGAGGGCACAUCCUAUCUGAACAAGCCCCUGUUCUCCGCCUGCACCGUGCCCAUCGUGUGGUAUCCCAUGUGGAAUGCCAACCUGGCGCACUUCUUCCGGGACAAUGCAGCCAAGGUGUGGAGCGUGCUGCGCGCCACGCCCUGGGCACGGCACAUCAAGUGGGUGUUGGUGACGGCAGAGGGGCAUGCGGCACCGGCCAUGAAUUACGACAUCAUGCAGCCGAUGGUGGGGCUGCGGGUGGAGACCUGGGCUGACUUCACCAACCGCCUGCCUUCGCGAGAGGUACCAGGCGGCUACAUUCCGCUCAAUCCUUUGCAGGGCGCCGGGGCAGGCGCUGGGAUGCCACCACCACCACCAGACAGCUACGAGGGCAGCCCACAGCGCUGCUUCAAGCAGAUGUUUGUGUGUAGCCAAGGCAUCAACAUCACCAGCUGGCCGCUGCACGGCCUGGGGCAGCACCUGGUGCGGCACUAUGCCAGCCAGCUGCAGUCUGCUGCUGCCGUAGCAUCAGAGGCAGUGGUCGCACCACAGCAGCAUCAGCAUCAGCCGGCUGGAAGGGACGGCUCCAAUGCGGGAGUGCUGCCCAGCAGCAGUAGCAGUGGCAGCGAGCAGGUGCUUCGCGUCAUUUUCCACAAGCGCGCCAGCGCCGACCGCCAGCUGUUGAAUGUGCGCGAGCUGGUGCAGCAGUGCAACGCAUGGCGCCACACCACAGCAGCGGGGCGGCAUGUGCGCGGGAGCUGUCGAGAGGUUGAAAUCAACGACCUGUUCACUGGCAUGGCGGCGGCGCAGCAGGCGGAUGUGUUUGUGGGAGUGCACGGCGCCAAUAUGGCCAACGCCUGGCUCAUGCGCCCCGGCAGCAGCAUGAUUGAGCUGCAGCCGUAUGGCUUUGAUGUGCGCCGCACCCAUCUGCAGUACCCCCAUAAAAACAUGGAGGACAAUGAGACAUCUGUUCUCUGGUGGCUCAUCUCGGUGUGUGAUGCUGAAGCCUGGACGCCCGGCCUAAGGGAAGUUAUGGGGAUGCGGCGCAAGGGAGCCUAUCCCAAGGAUCGCAACCUUGCUGUCAGGUGGGACGCGCUCCAGACAGUGCUGCAGACCGUGGUGGAGGUGGACGGCGACAUGCGGCAGUACCGGCAGCGGUGGGAGGAGGGGCGGUGGUGGUGGUGGAUGGGCAGCGCAGGCAGCCUGCAGCACGUGGGCCGCGGCCGACGAACCAUGAUGCGGUGCCCUUAG